UGAAGAAAGACUCUGAAGUAAGAGGGAUGGAUUAUUUAUGUAACCGGUUAGAAAGCACAAGCUGUGAUUCAUUUAAUUCUGCUACUAGUGCUGGUUCAGAUUCAGGAUCAUCAAGGAGACCAAGGAUCGAAGAAUUUCUUAGUAGAAGAGUGCUUGGUCAGCAUGCUGGAGAACUUUUACUUGACCUUCAUACUUUUGUUAAUCUGACAGAAAUGACGACAUUAUCGUUUCCUGGAAUGAUUGUGAACAAAACAGAGGUUAUCCUCACAUUGUUAGAAAUAUCAUGUGAUCAUCUACAGAAGCUUGAGAGUGAUACGGACAUACUUCUAGAUCAAAGGGGGACAAUCUAUUAUUCUAAACCAUUUGAUAUUAUGGAUUGUGAAGAUAGAUCUGUUUUGAUUGAUAGUCUUAUUAGGCUAAAUAACUUUGAGUAUCAGAUUAAUAUAUAAAAUACUAUGAGUGUUUUUCUGCAUUAUUUGGAAUUUUAGUAGGCGGUUGUCAUAUGACUGACACGUCAUAACUUUAAUAUCUUUUAGUUACGGCAUUAGGUUAAAUAGCAUUGAGUAUGGGAUUAAUAAAUAAAGUUGUAUUAA